UAUAAACUUAACCCUAAGUCUUACUUUAUCUAUGGUUCUUUCUGAUCUGCCACUAAACAAAACCGACAAAGCCGCUUCCUCCCUAUUCUACAAUCCUCUUCGCAUUAACAGCGGUCUACUCCUCGGCUUUUCUGUCACACCAAUUCCACAAAUCUAACAUACAUUACAAAAUCAAUUCACAAUGGCAGGGAGAGAAGUUCGGGAGUACACCAAUCUUUCAGAUCCUAAAGAUAAGAAAUGGGGAAAAGGGAAGGAUAAAAUUGAUGAUGAAGACAUCACUUUCCAGCGCAUGGUUGCCAAGGGAUCUUGGCUUUUCCUGUUGGGUGGUUGAUGCUAACAGAUGCAAGAGGUUGCUGGAGAACGUGGAGGCUACCUUCAUGGGCGAGGCGCCUUGGACAGCGAUGACUUGCUUUAUCUCAAGGAGCAGAUGGAAGCCGAAGAGGAUGCAGAACGCCUUCUUCGUCGGACUGAGAAACGGGCGUUUGCUGCAUUUAAAAAAAGCAGCAAGUUUGGCAGAUUCUUCACUUGCCUCAGUUCCCUUGCCGCUACGUGUUGAGCCAAAGCCAAAAAGUGGGAUUAGGCAGCAAGACCUGCUGAAGAAGGUGGUGGAAGUUAAGCCGAAACGGCCAAAGGUUUCAAACCAUUCUUAUGGAAAUCAUUCUACACGAACUUCAUGUGAUCAUUCUUCAGCAAAAUCUGCCAAGUCUGAUCAGGAGGAGAAAGAGUGCUCUUUGUUAAAAUCAGGUAAAACAGAUGAGAUUAAAGAGGAGAAUGCAGUUAAAAAUGAUACCGGGCAGGAAAAUACUGUUAAAAGUUUGCUGGGCUUAGCAUAUGCAAGUUCUGAUGAUGAAGAUGUAGAGUGAGGAAUCAAUAAUCAUGUGUUUAAUUGAUAAUUGUUAUAUGAUUAGCAACAUUAUUUACAUUCUCUGACCACCACUUUGUCAGUGAUUUCUGUUUGACAAAGCUCUUGUAGAAACUAAUAUUAUACAGUGCAAAUAGGGAACGUGUAAUUCUGUGCA